AGGGAAUCACUUAUUCUACUGAGCCAUCUCCCCAGCCCGGUUGAGAUAACUUGGAAAUCCAAAAUCUGAAACCUUUGGAGGACCAACGUGAUGCCACUGUGGAAAGUUCCAUCCAGUGACAGGCUGGUGACACACAGCACAGUGGCCCCUCGUGAUGCUGGAGGACUUCAGCUCUAUGGUUUGCCAUGGUUCUGGGCUAUGGGGUUUGGUAGCGAUGGAGGCUGGGCUCGGGGGCCCCUUGCGCACUGGAGUAACCUAGAGGCGUUGACAAAGGAGGCGAGACCCGAGAAAAAGACUUGGAACAGUGACGAGCAGACCGUGUGUAAUACACACCCCCCAACCACGCCCCUCGCCAAGAACUUCCUCAGCUUUAUAGCUCCAGCCCGCGGCAGCCGCACUUCUUUCGCUCCGCCUCUGAAAUUCAACAGUACAGUUCGAACUACCCAGCUCUCUUGGUUCCCAGAGCCCCAGCCACCACCUCCUCACCCCACCUGCACUUCACUCCCCCUUUUUUAUAUCCUAGACUGGCCCUCUCCCACCGCGGGUCCCCGCUUCCGAUUUCCCCAGGUUCCCACUUUCCCUCUGUACCCCCAGCUCUUAACCCUACCCCAGUUCCGCCAUCCUCGCUUUUCUGCACCCUACCUGCUCCCGUUCUCCACCCCUUUACUCUACCCUGGGCCCCGGGCCCCUCUAACUACCUUUUCAGGUUCCUGCCGAUGAAUAAGCCUCUGUCAAA